ACCCACUACUUCCUCUCUUUGGUAUCACUGUUGCCUCCGAGCAAUACCACUUCCUGUGGGCUCCUGCCCUCAGUGGUAAAUAGACAGAUGCAAAUUUUGAGUCAUCAUUGUGUAUAUUAUUAUUACAUAAAUUAAUUAUAGUAUAUUAAUUAAUAUGAUCAAAAUUAAUACCACAAAUAAAUCAAUAAUAACUUAAAGGUAGACAGCGAUAUGGCGUAGAAAGUAAACAUAUUAGUGGGUUAAUUUACGUGACGCGAAGCCAUGCACACAUACUGUGUGUGACUGUGUGAGAGCUGAAGUCUUGCACCUCGCUCAUCUCAUUAUCUGUUUGUGGCAAUGCCAUUUCACUGAGUUUAAGAUACUUUGUGUGUGCACGCGUGUGUGAGUGCUUGCGUACAGUACCAGUCAAAAGUUUGGACACACCUACUCAUUCCAGGGUUUUUUUUGUGUGUGUGUGUGUGUGUGUGUGUGUGUGUGUGUGUGUGUGUGUGUGUGUGUGUGUGUGUGUGUGUGUGUGUGUGUGUGUGUGUGUGUGUGUGUGCGCAUGUGCGUGUAGUUACAGAUCGAGGUUGUUAGCAUUUAAGAAACAGGCCUAGGCCUGUGUGACAGUGUGUGGGUGUGAGAUUGCAGAACAGUAGUUUCUUCUUCAAGUUAUAACCACAUAGUCAACCGUUGCCUUUGUGAAAUGAAACACUUCAAGAUAAUUACAGAUGUUGUGCAAAUUACCAUAACAUACAUAUCAGUCCCAUGUCAAUAAUAACCCUGCACUGUGACAAAAUGUUCCUGUUUUGAGUGGUUGAUUAUUUUGGGAUUCUUACAAGCAGAGCAUACAUAGCCUGGUCUCAGAUGUGUAUGCUUUAUAGCCAGCUCCUUUGACUAUACAUCAGAGGACCUAGCUAAAGCACAAACUGAUAAGAGACCAGAGUUAAGCCGACUGCACCACCUGUAGCUGCUCAUCUUAAUCAUUUUGUGUGAGAAAACACUUCAUUGCAUCUUUAGGACUUUUCCCAUGUGUCUUGUCUACAAAUCUAAAACUUCAACUUUUCUCUCAAGAGAGUUGUAGUUAAUCACACACAAUCACAAGGCAGUCAUAUCCAGGGCAGUCCGUUAGAGUAGUUUAUCAGUUGCAUGACAGCGCUAUUGAGGUCAACACAUGGGGCUACAAAAAGGAGUGCAGUGCGUGAAAAUGUGGCAGGCUGUCUUGUGUGAACUGAGGACAGAAAAGGGGUGCAUGCAUUCGAAGUUUUCACAGCUGUACAAAAAAAUAGAGAAGUGUGUGUGUGCGUGCGUUGAGCGUGCGCAUGUGUGUGUGCGUGCAUGUGUAUAUUAGGCAUCGCAAUACGUCUGUGGGGUUGAAUCUGGCCUUCACUAUUUAACCGUUGCUCCCACCCCCAUCUCUCCACUGCUGAGAAAAGAUGAAGAAGUCACCAACACAAAGUGCAAAGUGCAAACAACAGACACAGAGGGAUACCCGGAACAUUGAAACUAGGACAGACUACCACAACUAUUCUAGGCCAAGAAACAAAUACUUGAGUAAAGUGACAUCAUUUCUGAACCAAAUCGUUGUCAAUCUAUCAAUCAAAAUCAAGAGACUACAGCCUGUCAAACAAACUAAGCCAUAAAACCCUUCCCCCAACCGCCUCGGACAUUGAUCAGGUGCAGGAGUGAGCUAGAGCGAAGGGAAAAAAACGACUUUUGGAUUUUAUGGUCUUAAGAUAGGCGUGAAGGCUUUUAGCACCUGGACCAUUAUUCUGCUAACUGGGGGUCAUUACAGCUGGACUAUAGGGCAGAAAGGAAAGAGCUAAAGAGACAACACGCUCCACUGGAGUGUGUCCAUCCACCACAUAAAAAGGAGGAGAAUAAUAAGCUGGAGUGAGGAGGGGUCGGUAGCUAAAAGAAGUGCAGGAAAUCGGGGCGGGACAGCGAGGAGGGACAAAGCUAAUAGUUUGAGGAUUUUGGAGUUUGAAAAUAAAGGUUGCGGGGGGAGAUCUCUUUAGCUGCUAUUGUUGUAGGACUUUUUUCACCCUGUCUAACUUACUUUUUUUGGUUGUGGGGAGAUCUAUUUUGUGUUUGAGUGCUGAAAAGUCUGAAGGGAGGAGGGGCAUGGGGAGUUUAAUUGCUGUAGAUUAAUGUUGUUUGUAUGAAUUAAUACAUUUUCUAAACAGUCUGAUUAAUUUUAUUACAGAUAAAGUAGCCUAUCCACUGUUAUUGAAGUGUUGUUUAUUGACGCUUGAGGUAUAGGCCAGGCCUAUUGGUUUAUUUCAAUUGAGCGGCAUAAAGCCUGAAUAAGUGAUACACUUAAUCACCAUGUCAAAUGUAAUUUUCAGCUGUCAUCAAAACUGUGGAAACGCCAACCGGAUGCUUCACAUUGAUGCAUUUAGUGAAAUAUCUGGCUCAUUGUUCUAUCUGUGGUAGCAGUAUGGAAAUAAACGGCUCUAUCGCUGAUGCGAUUCGGUUCCCAACGUUCAACAACAACAAAAAAAUAGCCAUUCCUUCGUCAACGAUCCAUUACUAUUCCCGGUUGGUUCAACGUAAUUUCAUUGAUUAAACUAGUGUGUGCCCAGUUUUCUAGCUGGCACCAUCCAUCAAUCCAUCCAAAACGUCACCUUUUCAAACUCCAGUGCCGUCCGCGCUUUGCAGGUCUUACCCGCGCCCCCCUCCUAUCUUCCCCAUUCUCCCGCAUGACAACAGCGGGGAGAAUUGGACCAUGUGCCAUGAAACGUGCCCACGGCGGGGCUGUGGGAAAGUUCGGGGAAGAGAGAACCCACACAUUGUCAUGGUAAUGUCGGUGGGUCGAGGUGUUGGGGGCGGGAGGCUGUGGUGCUUAACACCCACACGGGGAGAGUACUUUCACUCCUGCUUCUAUUCUAAUUUAGUUCACUCAGUGUUUCUCCAUUCGUUACCUCGCAAUUAAAACAGUACAAACGGAGUUCUGUCUGUGGGUAGCCUUCAACUGCCAGAAGUCAAAUCUAGAGUCAUUUGGUUAAUUGCGUGCAGACUGCCCACGGGACAUUAGGACACCGAUAGUGUGGACUGUGAAGCUGAGCUAUCAGUUGGUCGGCUGGUUUGGUGUGCGCUCUGCAGCGCGAGGAUGACGGCCUCCAACAUGGAACAUGGAGGAAAUGCUCCCGAGAAGAAUUUUAACGCCAAAGAUGAACGAAAGCUGCGGAAGCCUCUGAUAGAGAAGAAAAGGCGGGAGCGAAUCAACUGCAGCCUUGAGCAGCUGAAGGGGAUCAUGGUGGACGCCUAUAACCUAGAUCAAUCUAAACUGGAGAAGGCUGAUGUACUGGAGGUUACUGUCCAACACAUGGAGGGUCUACAAAAGGGUCAUGGUACUGGCAUCCCUGCUGGUCCCAGCGUCGGGUUCCAGUCCCGGCAGCGCUACAGCAGUGGAUACAUCCAGUGUAUGCAGGAGGUCCAUAACCUGCUCCUGGGCUGUCCAGACAUGGACAAGCCUCUAGGGGCGCAGCUCCUCAAUCACCUCCUUAAGUCUCUGCCCCACAUCAGCUCAGAGACUGGGCCUGGAAACACUGGUGGCAAUGGGCCUAAUCGGACCCCAACAAGGCCUAUCACUGGUGGGGUCAAUGGGACUCUGAUAAGGGCCAUUGGUAAUUGUAACGGUGGUAGUAGUAGUGGUGCUAGUCCCAAUUCUGGACCUGGAUCCCCUCCCCAGUCUCCGCUUUCACUGCCUUCUGGAGGAGUAGGUCUAUUCCGACCUCGCCGUUUACAGAUGCAUCAUGCCUCGCCGCCGUUGACUCCGCCCACAAUAUGUUCCCCGCUCCAUGCCCCCCACAGGCAGGUGCAUUCUGGGAGAGAUGGGAGGGAGCAGCUUCCUGCCUCCUCCCCUUCUAGCUCACCCAACCUCCCCCAGCCAGGGGUGUCUCACCCCGCCCCCCUGCCCCCUUUCUUCGGCCCUGUGGGAGAACCCUCUAUGUGGAGGCCUUGGUGAAAGAGGACACACACACACAUUUCAUCACUUUAGGACCCCUGAGUUUUUCCUUACCCUGUGAUCUGAGUGAAAAAAUGCCCUAUUGGCAGCAGACCACCUAGGGCCUGGGGUUUUUCCCAGUCACCUCAUGCUGUGGUCAGGAAAAACUCAGGGACUCUUUGUUUUUGAUCUAAUUCCAUCUCAUGGAAUCGCUCAACUCUGUUGUUCCUGGAUUGAGUGCAGAAGUCAGGAGAUAAAGAUCUAGGUGGAUCUACAAGUUUCACUUCCUGUCAAAUUGAAUCCAAUAUGUUGUGGUGUGAUUGACAGAUGCAUCAGCCCUCUAGGAACAUGUCUGUAGUGUUCUGCUGUAUUAACUGCAUUGCCAGCGGUUCUAUGGUCUCAUUUUUCGUUUAAAUGCUUCACAUUUUAGACAUACAAAUAUUUGUAUUUUUUUUAUGAGAUUGGCCAGAAGUAAGCAUUGUUUUUACAAUUUUGUGUUUUCUUCCAAGUAUUUCGCUGGUGUUCAUUUUAUGUUUUCAAUGUCUAGAAAAUGGUCACAGAAUGUGGAAUUUGUUUUGUCACACACUGAUGAUAAAUUGAUUGAUUCAUUUUAUUAAACAGAUUUGAUUAAUUGAUUCAGAUCUAAUGUUUGUAAUUUGGAAAUGUUUUCAUCCUUGUAUAUUACAAGAAGAUGGUCUGUUUCAUAUUGAAACAGCUAAAAUAAAGUGUGUGUGCUGGA